AGCACAGUUUCGGUUGUAAGCCCCACAGUAAUGCACGCGUUACCGGUAUGUUGAAGUUUUUUUUAGUGAAAAAAAUACCAAUUGAAAACGAAAAAAUUUAAAUAAAUUAAUAAGCGUAAGAAAAAAUAAGUAAAUAAAAGAAACAAAGAUAAAACACAACUGAGUGCAAUUAAAAAUUCAUAUAACGCUAAAAGUCUUUCACUCCAACUGCUGUUCCUGUUACUGCUGCUCCUGUUUUGUGCGUUUUUUGUUUUUUUAUUUGCUCGAGUGUUUGUAGUGGUGCCAAUCUUGCCUGUGGACUCGUUUUGUCAUUACUUGACAAGUGACACCUGAGUUUGAAAGUAAACACUGUGAUAUUAUGGCAUUUAACUAAUAAAUAAAAAGAAAAGUUCAACUUUUAAAACCACACCAAUACUGGCGAUUGAACAACAAUUAAAUUAAAUACAACUACCAUUUAAAACAAAAACAACAACUACAGCAAAAGCGAGAAGAAAAAAAAACAAAAGUUAAUUAUCAUUAGCAUAUUUCAUUACGACAAUAACAAAGAAGAAUAAAUAGACAAGAGAGAAACGAAAGAGCAACCAACCAAGCCACUGUAUUCAAAUAAUUAGAAACACUAAAAAGUGGCAUCAACAGCAUCUUAAAAAGCCACACAACGGUUACAAAGUGAACAGUUGCAUGACAAUAAAACGUACUAAAAAGAACAGGUGUUUAACGGAAAGUUUUGUUAAGAAUAUAAAUCAACAACCGCAACGGCACCAAAUUGUGCAGAACCAGACAAUAAAGGCAAUAAAUUCGUAUCUUUAUGUACGACGUUGUAUGACCAAAUCCUUAUAUUCCUGAUUAAAAACAAAACACACAUUUACGCAGUUACGGCAAAUUAAAAGGCUGAAAAUUGCAACAUGUCAUUGUUAAAUAAAUUAAGUAAGAAAUUACGCUGGUUACGGUGGUCUACCGUGUUUGCCAUUGUGUUUUAUAUGUUUUUCAUUGGACUGAUACUUCACUCGACCACAUAUAAAUUGCAACAUUCACUUAAAAAUCCCCCAAAUACACAACAGCACCAGCAACAACAGAAUUUCAUGCAACAUUAUUCCCUAGAAUGGAGUGAAAAAUGGCGAGCUCAGCAUGCAACAGGAAAUAAGAUUGUGCCAGCAUCAGAUAUAGACACUAAAAAGGCUAUGGCAUCAUCCUCCUCCUCGUCCUCCUCAUCAUCUACCUCUCACUCGGCAUCAUCGUUGUCAGCAUCAUUAUCAUUAACAGCAGCAGCUGCUGGUGCUUUGGCAGCACCAUCCAAAUCACUAAAGGUUGAUGGUGGCAAUGUUGGCAAACAACAAAAGAAAAACUCUGUAUCAUCACCGGAAACUGUUAUUCUGGUUGCUAGUUCCGCCAGUGAGAAACAAAUUUUGGAAAAAGCUUUUAAACGAGCCGAUCGCAAUCAUGACAACUACUUGACCAUUAAGGAACUGGGACAAUAUAUAAAUAAAAACAUAGUGGACCAUAUAGAUGAAGCAAUACAACUUAAUCCGCGAGAAUUUCGUAGAGUCGAUAUAGCUCCGGCCGAUGGCCUUAUAACGUGGGAAGAAUAUCAUCGUUUCUUUUUAAAAGAACACGGUAUGACUGAAGCCGAUAUUGAUGAACAUAAUGAAAUCAAACACACAGCCCUAAAUCGUAAGGCCCGCGAGGAUAUGAUGCGUGACAAGGCAAAAUGGUCGGAGGCAGCUAGAACUGAUCUUUUUACUUUAACCAUAGAUGAGUAUCUGUCGUUUCGACAUCCAGAAUCGAGUAUUUCAAAUCUUUUGGAAUUAGUAGAUGAUUUACUAAGACAAUUCGAUCAGGAUGGUGAUGAUCAGUUGAGUAUAGAAGAAUUUUCGGAGGUAAAUGUGGCCGAUGAUGAUGAUUUGAUAAGAAAAUCUUUAAUAUCCAAAACGGUGGUGGAGCGACGCGAGGAGUUUAAAAGAAUCAUAGAUAAGAAUCAAGAUGGCAAGGCCGAUAGGGGUGAACUGCUGAAUUAUGUUAAUCCCAAGACCCCUAGAUAUGCUUUGCAAGAGGCUGCCACUCUAUUUAGUUUAUGCGAUGAAAAUCGUGAUGGUAAAUUAACUUUAAAAGAGUUAAUUGCAAAUGCUGAAAUAUUUUUAACCUCCAAAAUGAUCGAUACUGCCCAAAGUUUUCAUACGGAAUUUUAAAUCUUUUGAUUAUACUUACUCAUCUCUGUCUGUGAAUGGAUCUUUUCUAGUAUAAAUAUUUUUGUUUAAUACUCACACAUACUCAUACAUAUCUAUAAACUAACAAUUUCAAAGUAAUUUAAGUCAAUUUUUAAAAUACUUAACUAAAAAAAACUUAACUAACUAAAUAAAAUUACUCAACUGAAGAAUUUUUAUAAAAUUAUUAUUUAAAUUAAAAAUAUAAUUAAAUGUUUACAAAAUUUGUUUAUUCAAAAGGUUUUUUUUUAUACCCAUGUCCUAGUUUCCUUCCACAAAAGUUAACAAAUAUUUUUAUAUUAAAUUCUUUGCAAACAUUCUAGUUGAGUAAUACAAUGUGUUUCGACUAUAAUGUAAAUAAUGUGUUAAAAUUUUGUAUCCUUUGGAAUUAAAAUAAUUGGUUUUUUAACAAAAGCCAGAAAUGUUUUUUAGCAAUAUCUCUAAAAGCAAAUAUAAAAUAAAUUGAAAAUAAUAAUAAUAAAAGCGUAAAGGAAAUGUGAAAUUAUAUAGUGAUAUUAUAUUUAAGUUCUGAAAACGAUUUACACCUACAAAUACUCAACAAUAAACAUACACACACACUCAUAUAUACAUACACAAAUAAAAGCACCCAUUUUUUAAUAGAAAUAAAAAUAUAUAAUUAAAUAAAUGUAUUAAAAAUUGUAUUUGUAUAAAA